GGAAGGACACGCGUAUUACCUUUCACCAUCGCGUGAUAUUCUCUCCCGCAUUGAAAAUGUCACUACACGCUCGGUCAUCCCUGCAGCAGCUUGCAGGAGCACUGCUUGGAUGCCAAAGCAGGUUGCCGCUUUUAGCUCAGUCCUGCAGCUUUAGCUCAUCAGGGGCGCCAAAGCAGUCGGCGGCCAUCAUCAAGCAACUCCGGGAGCGAAGCGGCGCGCCGAUUGCCGAUGUCAAGAACAUGCUUGUGGAGCACGACUGGGACAUGGAGAAGGCCUAUGAGGCCCUCCGUAAAAAGGGCCUAGCAGCUGCUGCCAAGAAGGCCUCCCGCCACGCCGCAGAGGGCCUCGUUGGCGCCUCCUUCGCCGCCUCGGGCGCAGCCAGCAGCAGCACCGGCGGAUCUGGAUCUGUCGUAGUCGUGGAGCUGAACAGCGAAACGGACUUCGUUGCACGCAACUCCAUGUUCCAAGACCUGCUACGGGAUGUGAUGGGUGCAGCGCAUUCGCUGGGGCCUGCUGCGGCGGUUGGGCCGGACUACCAGAUGAACUUGGAGCAGCUGCUCUCCGCGCGCACCUCCUCGGGCGCCUCCGUGUCCGAGGCGGUGACCAACCUGGCGGCACAGGUGCGGGAGAACAUCCGGCUGCGGAGGGCCUACCGGGUGGACAGCGGAGCAGACGGGCUGGUGUUCCCGUACGUGCACCAAGCGGCUGCUCCCGGGCUGGGCAAGCUGGCUAGCGUGGUGGUGCUGCAGCCGGGGGCGGCAGGGGGAGCGCAGCUGGGGCAGGCCCUGGAGUCCAGCUCCGCCUCCUCCCAGCAGCUCCAGUCGCUGGGUGAGGGGCUGGCCAUGCAUGUGGCGGGCAUGCGGCCGCUCUACCUCAACCGCGCGGGCGUGCCGGCGGAUGUGAUGGCUCGGGAGCGGGACCUGCUGGGGCAGCAGCUGCAGCAGGACGAGACGUUCAAGGGCAAGCCGGAGAAGGUCAUCAACAAGGUGGUUGAGGGGCGGCUGGGCAAGGUCCUUGGCGACUGGUGUCUGUCGGAGCAGCGCUACGUGCUGGAUGACAGCGUGUCGGUGGAGCAGCUGCUGGCCAGGCUCCGGAAAGAGGCAGGACUGUCGGUGCGCGUGGGCAACUUCCUGCGGGUGCAGUGCGGCGAGGGGCUGGGCGCCAAGGAAGGCGGAGACUUUGCUGCGGAGGUUGCCCGCAUUGUUAACGAUGCGUGAGCGCACGAACGAGCGAGCCACUGUACUGUGUUUAUCGCGCGCGCGAAACGCUGUUUUCUUGCCGUUGUGUAGCUGUAACCUACCAACACGACGGCUUCAUCAAUUGGAAGGACGGUUGGGCGCGAGUGCGCGAAGUCUGUCAGGUGGCGAGUUACGCUUUGAGCAGGCACCGGAUUGGGAUUAGCGGAAUGCUAAUUUGGUCUUCAUGCAGGCGUCUCCACCGGAAUACAGCCGGCGAAGACUCGAAGCGAAACGGAGAUGGUGAGAAGCUGG